UAUUAGCCAAUACAUUAUUAUUCUGAGCAAAACCAAGUAAUUCAAUUUCCACUAAAAAUUGUUAAAUAUCGCACUUCAAGGACAGAGUUUCUUAUAAAUUUCAUCAGCCUUUUUAUGUCACCACUUUUCGAAAGUCACCAAUUUUGGCAGUUGACAUGAAUUUAUUACUUGAUGUUCAUCAAUAUUAUUUGUUAUAAAUACACGGUAUUCCAAUAGUUGAAUGUCAAUUAUGUUUACAAUUCCAAAUCCACUGCAACACAAAGAAUUUGUAUACAUUUUAAAAUGAAGCUAUUCUUAUUUUAGACUUUUUCAAUUUGGACUCGCAGUCGAUAACUUUUACCUAGCAUGCACAUAUAUCGAUAACUUUUACCGUGUGCCGUGUUCAAACGAUGCCAGUGAUAGUUGCUGUUACUAUUGCUAUUUCUACACACGAUAAAUACAAUAUGGGGAUUCUCUUGCUCUUGCAAGAUUGCACGAUGACACAAAAUGCAAAAAUCCUAUGCCGAAAUAUGCAAGGACAAGAGAGCACCCACUGCAGAAUCUAGUGAUAUACAUAUGCACGGCUGACCCCUUUUGCCACAAACCACUUGCUGGCACAAGAAAAGUUCCCAAUCAAGUUAUUCAGAGCUGUUGAGGAAACCAGUGAUUUGUCUGACUUUUCUGAAUGUGUGAAUUGAAUUCAUAAACAUUUUACUGAUUUCAAAUAAGAUGCAUUUGAUAUGCAAAUUCAAACACAAUCACUACAUACGUUAAUCCAUUACUUUUUAUUUGUUUUCGAAACAUACACAUGUAUUGGCUUUUUAAGUCCAUAAACCAUAUCAUGCGAUCAUAUGUACUACGUUAUUAUCAGCUAUCUUCGAAGCGCCAAUUCUCUGUUUAUUCUGCUCUUUUGUAAAAAAAGACAAUUACAAGUUAAAACAAACACACAAAACACGUUUUUUAACGCAAAAUAAUAUGUCUCUGUGAAGAACGAAUCAUACCGUGCGAUACUGUACUGUGAAACAGUCUCAAGUCUUUAAAUUUGAGAUUUUAAGUUAGAGACAAUUUUUGAGACUUGAGACGAUUUUGCUAUUCUGUAAAUGACAGUCACAAAAUCUAUUACAUUUCAUUAUUCAGAGAUGUUUUUACACUUGAAUGAAAUUAAAUAUGUAGAUAACAUAUAUUAAAUGUUCUAUAACAUAGUCAAAAAACAUAAUCAUCAAUAAAAAUAAAAAUAUAUGUUGACUUUGUUUCAUAAUAUUUACGAAAUUUAUGUAAAAUUGAUUUAUGUUUAACCUUUUCGUGUUUGAGUUGCUUACACACUAUAAAAAACCACAAUCGAUUAAUAUCUAUGAUGAUCUCUAUUCAGUAUAUUCAAAAUGGCAGACAAGAGUUCUUUUUAAUUUUCUGACCUGCUAAUUAUCAGGUCUCAAAUGCGAGGCAAUAUUUUGAGACUAACAGCCCUAUUCUGAAAAAAAAACUCUCAACUGAGUUGAGAGGAAAAAUUUGAGAGAUUUCUUGGGAGGCAUAUUUUGUGAGGCUAUUCUUGCUCAAACCUCAUAAGAAAAAAGCUUAAAAAAGUCACCACGUGAGGUAAAAAGCUUUUUGCUGUCAAACAGCUGUUUGAAUAAAAAUAAGCAAACAAAAAUGUACACACAAAUGGAUAAUCAGCAUAUGCGUACAAAAACGGAGAGGACAACUCAGGAGCAGCUGCAACAUUACAUAAUGUUUUGCAAGCAGCAUCCUGAGUUGCAACGGGGGAAGCUAACUCCGACCAACCCUCAAGGGCUGCAAAUACUUUGGGCGGAGUUAGCAAAUAAUUUAAAUGCCCUGAGAAGUCCAACUCGGAAGGCACAUGCGCAAGCGACUGGUGGAGGCCCUCCGAUAAAUGGAAUGACUGAAUUCGAGGAGCAAGCAAUUGCCGGGUGUUGCGACUUUGGGUCACCAGGUUUUGCCGUUGUAUUUAAAUACAGCUCAAUCUCCAGCUUCCUCGCCAACACCAACAGUCACAUCGCCUGCUCCAGCGCCCUCACCAACAGUCGCAUCGCCUGCUCCAGCACCCUCACCAACAGUCGCAUCGCCUGCUCCAGCUUUUCCUGUUCUAUCUAUAAAUCUUUCUUCCCCACCAUCACCUAGAGAUUCCUUAUCUCCUCCCAUCUUAUCUUCUCCUAUGCCAUCGCCUUCUUACAUCCCUUCUGAAAAAUUAACUGCAGCGAAGAUGCUUGGAGCAGUGCUAAAAAAAUGGAGGAUCGAGAAAAGCGAGAAGAGAAGGCCAUUGCUCUACAAAGGAAAUUUGGUAAGAGCCACCCCCGUAAAAAUACGCCAGGAAACGCAGAUCAAAAGAUAUACUCGACUCCUGCACAUCAUGCGGCACCUAUUCACCUAUAAAAACUUUACAAAGCGAUUUUGGGAAUCGAAUUGUAUUUAUAAAUGUUGUGUGUUGCAUAGUAAAAGGAUCGCUUUUGUCUCGUAAACCCUUCAAAACUUUUCUCCUACCCCCCCGAUUCCUCCUCAACAAUUGCCGCAUACACAAAGAACAGUUCCUCCAUGCUAGUUAUAACACUCAAAUAUUUAAAAAAAAACGUUAAAUAUUGAUGUAAAACAAAACAAACACAGAUGUUUUGUAUUAUGCUUAACGUCAUAGAUAUUUGUGAUAAUAGUGAGCAUUUGAGCUUUUGAAUUUUCGCCGGCCUACGGAAAACCUCACAAAUAACAAAAACAUCACUGUAGUGAGGUUGAUGAAUUUUGUGAGGGCAUGAGAAUAGAGCUGUAACGCUAGAGACUGUUUAGUGAAUAGUAACUAAUCGAUGGAGUCAUGUGUAGAAGUUCACGCAAGUGAGGAAAGUUCUCUGAUCGCCAUUCACUUGGGAGUGGCCAGAAACGAUUCUUCUACAUAUGACUCAAGCAGCUCACUACUCCCGGUCUUUGACCAAGUAUCCUCUGGGUAGCCUAAGAACAUCCCUUUGAAGCCGAGCUAAAGUGAGAAGGCGAAAUAUCCCCUACUUAGGGUUGUGCGCUGGGUUUGGGACCCGCCACGUAAAAAAAACACCCCCAAUGAAAACCAACAAUCAGCCUCGGAUGAGAGACCCCCCUUUUGAUGACGACCAUGGCAAACGAGUUAAGGACUACGAAUUGAGGGCAUGUACCUGGAAUGUCCGGUCCCUUAAUUGGGAAGGUGCCGCUGCCCAGCUGGUUGAUGUCCUCGUGAAAAUAAUGGCUGACAUCACCGCCAUCCAAGAAAUGCGAUGGACGGGACAAGGACAGAGACGAGUAGGUCCUUGUGACAUUUACUACAGUGGUCAUAUAAAGGAGCGCAAGUUUGGUGUGGGAUUCGUGGUGGGAGAGAGACUACGUCGACGGGUACUAUCAUUCACUCCGGUGAAAGAACGUCUAGCCACAAUCCGCAUUAAAGCGAGGUUCUUCAACAUAUCGCUGAUAUGCGCCCACGCCCCGACGGAAGAGAAGGACGAUGUGACCAAAGAUGCCUUUUAUGAGUGCUUGGAGCGCACUUAUGAGAGAUGCCCCCGCGACGAUGUCAAAAUCGUGCUUGGCGACUUCAACGUCUUUGGCACUACGGUCGGUAAAUUCAGCCUCCAUGAGGAAACAUCCCCAAAUGGGUUGAGGCUGAUCGACUUCGCCGGGACCUGAAAUAUGGUUAUCUGUAGUACUAGAUUCCAGCAUAAGAAGAUACAUCAAGCUACCUGGCUGUCUCCGGAUCGAAAAACCACCAACCAGAUCGAUCAUGUUGUGAUAGACGGAAGACACGUCUCCAGUAUUUUAGAUGUGCGUACGCUUCGAGGUCCUAACAUUGGCUCGGACCAUUAUAUUGUUGCAGCCAAAAUUCGCACCCGCCUCUGUGCAGCAAAAAACGCACGCCAACAAACACAAGGAAGGUUCGACGUCGAGAAGCUGCAAUCACAACAGACAGCCGAACGAUUUUCUACUCGGCUUGCACUCCUGCUCUCUGAGAACACUCGUCAACAACUCGGUAUAAGGGAACUGUGGGACGGCAUUUCAAACUCCUUACGUACAGUUGCAACCGAAACCAUUGGUUUUCGGAAAGUGCAAAAGAACAGCUGGUACGACGAGGAGUGCCGUGUCGCAGCGGAGAGAAAACAGGCUGCCUGCCUCGCAACGUUAGGAUCGACCACAACACGUGCGGGAUGGGAUAGAUACCGAGAGUUGAAGAUGGAAGCGAGACGCAUUUGUAGACAGAAAAAGAAAGAGGCCGAAAUGCGUGAGUACGAAGAGCUUGAUAAGCUGGCCGACAGGGAUAAUGCUCGAAAAUUCUACGAAAAGAUGUGGCGGCUUACAAAAGGUUUCAAGACCGGAGCAUACUCUUGUAGAACCCCCCAAGGUGAUCUAGCCACCGAUGCCCAGAGCAUACUUAAAUUAUGGAGGGAACACUUCUCCAGCCUGCUGAAUGGCAGUGAACGCACAACGCCAGGAGAAAGCGAACCCGAUUCCCCAAUCGAUGACGAUGGAGCAGACGUUCCAUUGCCCGACCAUGAAGAGGUUCGAAUAGCAAUUACCCGCCUGAAGAACAACAAAGCAGCGGGGGCCGAUGGAUUGCCGGCCGAGCUAUUCAAAACGGUGGCGAAGAACUGAUAUGGAGCAUGCAUCAGCUUAUUUGUAAAAUAUGGUUGGAUGAAAGCAUGCCCAACGAUUGGAAUUUAAGUGUGCUAUGCCCAAUCCAUAAAAAAGGAGACCCCACAAUCUGCGCCAACUACCGUGGGAUUAGCCUCCUCAACAUCGCGUACAAGGUUCUAUCGAGCGUAUUGUGUGAAAGAUUAAAGCCCACCGUCAACAAACUGAUUGACCUUAUCAGCGUGGCUUAAGACCUGGUAAAUCAACAACCGACCAGAUAUUCACCAUGCGCCAAAUCUUGGAAAAGACCCGUGAAAGGAGAAUCGACACUCACCACCUAUUCGUCGAUUUCAAAGCUGCUUUUGACAGCACGAAAAGGAGCUGCCUUUAUGCCGCGAUGUCUGAAUUUGGUAUCCCCGCAAAACUAAUACGGCUGUGUAAACUGACGUUGAGCAACACGAAAAGCUCCGUCAGGGUCGGGAAGGACCUCUCCGAGCCGUUCGAUACCAAACGAGGUUUCAGACAAGGCGACUCCCUAUCGUGCGACUCUUUCAAUCUGCUGCUGGAGAAAAUUAUUCGAGCUGCAAAACUUAAUCGAGCAGGUAUAAUCUUUUAUAAGAGUGUACAGCUGCUGGCGUAUGCCGAUGAUAUUGAUAUUAUCGGCCUCAAUACCUGCGCUGUUAGUUCUGCUUUCUCCAGACUGAACAAGGAAGCAACGCAAAUGGGUCUGGCAGUGAACGAGGGGAAGACGAAAUAUCUCCUAUCAUCAAACAAACAGUCGUCGCACUCGCGACUUGGCUCUCACGUCACUGUUGACAGUCAUAACUUUGAAUUUGUAGAUAAUUUCGUCUAUUUAGGAACCAGCAUUAACACCACCAACAAUGUCAGCCUGGAAAUCCAACGCAGGAUUACUCUUGCCAACAGGUGCUACUUCGGACUGAAUAGGUAAUUGAGAACUCUCUUGACGAACAAAUCCAAACUCUAUAAGUCACUCAUUAUCGCCGUGCUGCUAUAUGCUGCCGAGGUAUGAACGAUGAAAACAUCUGAUGAGUCGACAUUGCGAGUUUUCGAGAGAAAGGUCCUGCGGAAGAUUUUUAGUCCUUUGCGAUUGGCCACGGCGAAUAUCGCAUUCGGUGGAACGAUGAGCUUUAUGAGAUAUUCGACGAGAUUGUCAGAGUUCAGCGAAUUAAAAGACAACGGCUACGCUUAUAUCAUACUCGUAUGUAUGUUUUUCUCUAUAACUUGUGUUCUGCUAACGAUUUGACAUUCUAAAUUUAAACGUAAAGGAGAGUGUGCCCAUGUUUGGAAUUUCCGAUAGUUUCAAGUUCUAUCAGGACAAUGAUCCCAAGCACUCUUCGCUGAUUGCAAGGACCUGGCUUCUAUAUAAUUGCCCCACAGAAAUAAAAUCUCCUGCCCAAAGCCCGGACCUUAAUGUUAUAGAACAUCUGUGGGACGAGCUCAGUGGCAGGGUGCAAAAUAAAAGGUGUUAUUUUAUCCAUAUAAUUUAGAUUUGACAAAACAAAUUACCAAAUAAUUUCAAGAUUAGGCUUACCCGACUUACGAUGGGAGCCACUGUAUGUGCUUAAUGCUUUAAGUGUUUGAUAUUUGACAUCUAAGCAUCUUGUUCUGUUUGGAAAAGUGUCAACAGAUACCACUGAAGAAUUUUCGAUUGAGAAAGCUUUAAGAAUUUACCCAACUAAUGACCAAUGAAAAAUUCUCCAGAGUUUUUAAGAUAAAGGGUCUGUUAUUUAUAGGAUUAAAACACAAUACCAACUCAUUGAUGCUACACGAAAUUUAGGUAAAUAUUAUAAAACAGGAGUGUUUAAAUGAGUUACGCGUCCACCCACUCUACCCGGGAAAAACUGGCCCAUCCUAGUAAGAUACAGCUAAUAUACCACAGUCGAUGACACCAUAACACAUACAUUACCACACAACACAACUCACCACGCUUCUACAUCAACCAAACAUAAAGGAUGGUCCGCUGAGCAGGUUCAAGAUC